CGCCUCACAUCACACACGCAGGCACUCCACAGACCAGCCCGCUCCAUCGCCCCCGCGCGGCGGGAGGCUCCCUCGCCGCUUGGCUGCCUGCCUUCUUUCCCCCCCACCCCGGUCUCGCUGCCUUCUCUCUCCCCACCCCGAGCCGCUGUCUACCCCCUCUGCGUCCUUCUUCCUUUCCCUCAGGCAAGCAGCCCGUCUCAACGCCGGACCGGGCUCCGUCCCUUCUCCUUAGCGGGGCUCCAUGGAGCCGUCGAGGCGGUGUCGGCGGCGGGCGGCAGCACCACCACCUCACAACCCCCGCCGCCGGGACUGCUCCGGGCGGUCGUAACAGGAGCCACUCCUCAGCCAGGCAGCCCAGUCGAUCAGUCAGUCAGCCAGCCAGACCUUCCCCGGGGCCGGGGACCAUCCCGGCGGCGCUGGGGCGCCCUUCUCCUCUGCCCCCGUCUUCCUUCCUGACGGGCCUUCUCCUCAGGACGGAGGAUGGCGGCCCCGGCGGCCGCCCCGACCCAGCUGGAAGCCGAGCUCUAUUACCUGAUCGCCCGCUUCCUCCAGUCCGGACCUUGCAAGAAAUCCGCCCAGGUGCUGGUCGAGGAGCUGGAAGAACACCAGUUGAUCCCGCAGCGCCUGGAUUGGCAGGGCAAGGAACACCGAAGAAGCUUUGAGGAUCUGGUGGCAGCCAAUGCUCACAUCCCUCCAGAGUACCUUCUCAAAAUCUGUGAGCGGAUUGGACCCCUGUUGGACAAGGAAAUCCCACAGAGUGUACUUGGUGUGCAGACUUUGCUGGGAGUGGGACGGCAGUCAUUGCUAAGAGCAGCCAAGGACUGCAGGCACACAUCAUGGAAGGGAUCAGCAUUUGCAGCAUUGCACAGAGGCAGGCCUCCUGAACUACCUGCAAACUAUGGGAAACCACCAAACGUGGUAAAUAUAAUCUGUGCCAGGCAGUCUACAGGAUAUGGACGUUUCUACCAUUUGUUCCCAUCAUCCUUCUAUCAGCAUAUCAAGAUGCAUAAGAGGAUUCUUGGGCAUUUAUCGUCUGUGUAUUGUGUAGCAUUUGAUCGCAGUGGGAGGCGAAUUUUCACUGGUUCAGAUGAUUGCUUGGUGAAAAUUUGGGCUACAGAUAAUGGACGCUUGCUCUCAACGCUCCGAGGACAUUCGGCUGAAAUUUCCGACAUGGCUGUUAGUUAUGAAAACACCCUCCUUGCUGCGGGCAGCUGUGAUAAGGUAGUCAGAGUCUGGUGUCUUCGAACCUGUGCGCCAGUUGCAGUGCUGCUGGGCCACUCAGCCUCCAUAACUUCCAUACAGUUUUCUCCAGCAAGAAAAGGAACAACUCGAUACCUCACUUCAACAGGUGCUGAUGGAACAAUCUGCUUCUGGCAGUGGCAUUUAAACACAAUGAAAUUUAAGGAUCGGCCAAUAAAAUUUGCUGAGAGGUCCAGGCCUGGCGUUCAGAUAUCUUGUUCAUCUUUUAGCUCUGGUGGCAUGUUUAUCGCAACAGGGAGCACUGACCAUGUGAUAAGAAUAUAUUAUUUGGGUCCUGAAUCUCCAGAGAAAAUUGCUGAGUUAGAAUCUCAUACGGACAAAGUAGUUGCUGUUCAGUUCUGCAACAAUGGAGAUAGGUUAAGGUUUGUCAGUGGAAGCAGAGAUGGAACAGCCAGAGUAUGGCAAUAUCAGCAGCAAGAAUGGAAGAAUAUCGUGUUGGAUAUGGCUACCAAGAUGACUGGGAACAGCGUAGCGUCUGGGGAGGACAAGGUGUCCAAGCUGAAGGUGACUAUGGUAGCUUGGGAUCGAUACGAUACUACUGUUAUCACCGCUGUCAACAACUUCCUUUUGAAAGUGUGGAACUCUUCUACUGGGCAGCUUCUUCACAGCUUAACUGGCCAUGAUGAUGAGGUGUUCGUUUUGGAAGCUCACCCAUUUGACCAAAGGAUCAUGCUUUCUGCAGGCCAUGAUGGGAAUAUUUUCAUUUGGGACCUUGAAAAAGGAACAAAAAUUCGCAACUACUUCAACAUGAUUGAGGGCCAAGGCCAUGGUGCAGUGUUUGACUGUAAGUUUUCCCCCGAUGGUCAGCAUUUUGCUUGUACGGAUUCUCAUGGACAUCUCCUGUUGUUUGGUUAUGGGUGCAAUAAAUAUUAUGAAAAGAUUCCCGAUCAGAUGUUCUUCCACACAGAUUACCGCCCCCUGAUCCGUGAUGCUAAUAACUAUGUACUAGAUGAACAAACUCAACAGGCCCCACAUCUCAUGCCUCCCCCCUUCUUGGUAGAUGUGGAUGGAAAUCCUCACCCCACAAGAUAUCAACGACUAGUGCCAGGGCGAGAAAACUGUAAAGAUGAACAACUCAUUCCUCAGCUGGGAUAUGUGGCAAAUGGCGAUGGUGAAGUUGUGGAGCAGGUGAUUGGGCAGCAGACUAAUGACCAAGAAGGGAGCAUCCUUGAUGGAAUGAUUAGGGAGCUGCAACGAGAGCAAGAUCUGAGAGCACGUAACGACAGUGAAGCUGUUCCAAACCCUCCACAAAACAGAUUACAGUAUGUUAACACUUUGAGAAGUCCAAAUUUGGAUAUAGCUUCCCCCCCAAACGUUGGGCUCAGAAGGAGUGGCCAGAUUGAAGGUGUUCGGCAAAUGCAUCACAACGCUCCCAGAAGUCAGAUGGCCACAGAGAGAGAUCUCAUGGCAUGGAGUAGGAGAGUGGUGGUGAAUGAGCUGCAUCCCGGGGUUAGCAGAGUUCAGGAGGAAUGCCGAGCUGCCAAAGGUGACUUAGAAAUCCAUCUGUAUACUCUUGAAAAGAAAAGAAAACCUUCCCAUACUUUACAAAGGAGUGAUUAUCAACCUGGCAGUGGUCGAUCUUUGCGAAGAAACCAACGCAAGCGCCAGCAUGCUUACCAAACACGUUCCACUUUUGAUAAUCAUUCGCAAGGUGCAAGAAGAAGUUCACAUACUCAGGAAGACUCUGAAAGCUCUUCUGAGGAAGAUGACACAGGUGGCACAAGUGAAGCAUCUGUGGAUGACAAUGUGGCUGCAUGGCAAAGUGAAAGCAGCUCCAGUGAUUCGUCCAGUGAAUAUUCUGACUGGACUGCAGAUGCCGGCAUUAAUCUUCAGCCUCCGAAAAGACAAACAAGACAAGCGACUCGCAAAAUCUGUAGCAGCUCUGAAGAUGAAAAGGUGAAAGAUGCGAAAGGACAGGAAGACAAACGCAAGAAACCCAAACAGACAAGGAAAAAGAAACCCAGCGGACGGCUUUCAAUGGAUGGUGAACCCACUGAAGAAUGGUUUGCUCCCCACUGGAUACUGGAUACCAUCCCGCGGCGUUCCCCCUUUGUCCCACAAAUGGGGGAUGAGAUAAUCUAUUUCAGGCAAGGGCAUGAAGCUUAUGUGCGUGCAGUUAGAAAGGCAAAAAUUUAUAGUGUUAACAUGCAAAAGCAACCAUGGAAUAAAAUGGAACUCAGGGAACAAGAAUUUGUGAAGAUUGUGGGAAUUAAGUAUGAAGUUGGACCACCUACUCUUUGCUGCUUGAAGCUUGCCUUUCUUGACCCAAUCUCAGGCAAAAUGACUGGUGAAUCAUUUUCCAUAAAGUACCAUGAUAUGCCAGAUGUCAUUGAUUUCCUUGUGCUGCAUCAGUUUUACAAUGAAGCCAAAGAAAGGAACUGGCAGAUUGGGGACAGAUUCCGCAGCAUAAUAGAUGACGCAUGGUGGUUUGGAACUGUAGAAAGUCAACAGCCAUUCCAGACUGAAUAUCCUGAUAGUUCCUUCCAGUGCUACAGUGUUCACUGGGACAAUAAUGAAAGAGAAAAGAUGAGCCCCUGGGACAUGGAGCCAAUUCCAGAAGGAACUGCUUAUCCAGAGGAAGUUGGGGCUGGAGUUCCUGUAACAACAGAGGAGCUGGCUUCUCUGCUGUACAAACCACAGGAAGGAGAAUGGGGAGCCCAUUCCAGAGACGAAGAAUGUGUUCGAGUUCUUCGAGGCAUCGAUCAGCUUCUUUCCCUAGAUAUUUCCAACCCUUUUGCUGUCCCAGUGGACCUUAGUGCCUAUCCACUAUAUUGCACUGUUGUUGCUUAUCCAACUGACCUCACCACAAUAAGGAGAAGACUUGAAAAUAGAUUUUACAGGAGAAUAUCAGCACUAAUGUGGGAGGUACGAUAUAUUGAACAUAACGCUAGGACUUUCAAUGAGCCCGAUAGUCCUAUAGUUAAAGCAGCCAAAAUUGUAACAGAUGUCUUGCUUCACUACAUUGGGGAUCAGAGUUGCACAGAUAUUCUGGAGAUUUAUAACAAAGUGAAAGCUGAAGACUUGAGCAGCACAGGUGAAGAAGAGGAGGUGGCAGAAGCACAUGCUGAUUCAGAUGGUCCAGGAACCUCAUCUGCAAAGAGAACUAUAAAGCAGCAGAUAAAGACGCAGCCCUCCAAAGGACAUGCCGAGGCCUGGAAAGAAAAGUGCAAGCAGUUAUUAAGCCUAAUCUACGAACGUGAAGAUUCUGAGCCAUUCCGACAACCUGUUGAUCUCUUUUCCUACCCUGACUAUCGUGAUAUCGUAGACACUCCAAUGGACUUCAGCACUGUGAAAGAAACUUUGGAAGCAGGAAAUUACAUGAACCCCCUUGAAUUCUACAAAGAUGUUCGCUUGAUAUUCUGUAACUCCAAAGCCUACACUCCUAAUAAGAAAUCUAGGAUCUACAGCAUGACACUCCGAUUAUCUGCCUUAUUUGAAAAUCAUAUUAAAACUAUAAUUUCUGAGUACAAGUCAGCAGUGCAAUAUCAGAAGAGGCGAAAGCCGCUGCUACGGUACCAAAAACGACUCCGGAGCAGCAGCAGUUCUUCUUCCAGCAGCAGAGCACCCAGCCCCAAAGGAAAACAAAAACAACUGAAGAUGCAGCCUAAAACAAACUUGAAUACCUCACUGCCUUUAACUAGGACUAAUUCUUCAGUUUCAUCUCAUGUUUCAGAUACUACUGAGGAACCACCUGGCUCAGCUGCUGCUGAAGAGAUGGAAAGUCACCCUUCUUCAUCUGGCUCAAACAUCCAGAAUCGUAUUGGAAAUGAUGUCGAAGCAGGAAAAAAUAGGCUAGUCAGAAAUAAAUCCACACCAGUUAAACAAGAUCAGCCUUCUGAAAAGCCCCUUACAAAUGGUGAUGAGAGAGAGCCCCGAGCAACAGUCAAGCGAAAGCUAUCAAGUGCUUCAGAAGAGGAUGAACAUACUGGAGGUGAAGAGAAGAGAGAACAAAAAGAAAAACCAGGUUUAUCGUCCUCAGAAAGUGGAGAUUCACAAUCAAGCGCAAGUUCUGAAAGCAGAUGUGGCUCUGAUUCAGACUCUGAAUCAAGCUCUAGAACAGAUCAGGACUACAUAGAUGGAGACCACGACUACAGCAAAUCUGUGCAAGUGAAACCGAAAAGAAAAAUUCGAAGGCACAUCUCUAAUGGGCAGAGAAACUGGCAGGGGAGAGGGACGGGAAGGAGAGGGAGAUGGGGCCGAUGGGGUAGGUGGAGCAGAGGGGGGCGAGGCAACCGGGGAGGAAGAGGCUGUGGCAGAGGAAGAAGAGGAGGCAGGGGAGGAAGAAGAGGCCGAGGGAGAGGAGCCUCCAGGGGGGCCUCCAGAGCCAAGCGCCCACGAAUUGCCGAUGAUGAAUUUGAGAAUCUUUUUGGUGGACGCUUCGGUGAGAACACGUUUGGCGGGCGGUUCAGCAGGCCACCUCGGAUUAAAACUAGGAACGAGGGCAGGCGAACCGUUUUAUAUAAUGACGAUUCUGACAAUGACACUUUUGUGCACACUGAGGAUCCCCUGAACCUUGGUACGUCCAGGUCAGGCAGGGUACGGAAAAUGACAGAAAAGGCCAGGGUCAGCCAUCUCAUGGGAUGGAAUUACUGACAAAUGGGAAACGAUGGAAGUGAACAAUGGCAUUAAGACAUCAAAGGCCUUCUACUGCAGGGAUUUUUGCCAGAAAAUUACUAAGCAAAUUGUGUGGGGACUCAGCUUAUGUUUUUCUGUGGUGCUUUUCCAUUUUGCCCAUAUGUGUGUUUGAAGACUUCUGAUUGCCACAUGUUCUUGGCCAAAAGAAGCCUUUCCCAUGCAUUCUGUAUCUGCAGAAAUGCUUCCCCACACUACACCUUGAGUUUUCAGAGGACUGUGGCAUUUGAAUCAUGAUUAUGAAGUCUCUCCUUUUUGUUUGUUUGUGUGUGUGUGUGUGUGUGUGUGUGUGCAUUAUAGAAA